AUGUCCAGGUUAGAAGUUAGUACUACUGACUUGAGGAACAGAUUUACUCCUUCCCACUCAAGGUCAAGAUCACCUUCAGUCUCAGCAUCAACAGAAGAAAUAUUAGUAGAGAAGUUGGACAAGUUUAUUUCGUCCUUGGAAUCCAGAUUAGACAAUUUCGAACAAUACUUUAAAGUCAGUUGUGAAGAUGAACUUUUCGAUACACUUGAUCUGAAGAACAAGUUGGAUUGUCAUGACAAUACUCACGAACAGCAAAUUGAAUUAUUGGAAGUGCCCACAAGAUCAAGAACAGGAUCGUUUCAUCAUAUCAAGACCUUCUCAGUUAACCAAUUAAACACUAUACACCAGAGAUUGUUGUUGAUCAAAAAACAAGUGUUGACUACCUCAUUCACAAACUUGGAAUAUCUUUACAAGACCUUGGAUGAACAAUAUAAGAACUUGUUUACGUCUUCGGAAGAGGAGAUUUACCCAACCAUAAGCACGUGUGACGACCAUUCCAACAAAACAGAGGUAUUAUCCAAGAAGAUAAUCCAAACCAUCCAAUACUUUGAUGAGAAGCUCUUGCAGAUUGAUGAUUUUAUCAAGAGUAACAUCCCAAAUACUAACGAGUUUUACGAUGAUAUGGACGAAAACCAUGAUUCGAUAUUUAAUAAACUCCGCUUCUUUAACUUCCAUCGAGCUCUUCACAAGGCCGAAAAGGGUAAUCGCCUUUUACAUUAUUACGAAUUACCCUUGAGUUGGAGAGAGAACAAAUAUAUUAUUCAGGGGUAUAGAUUUUCCUUGAGUCACGCUACCAUGUGGAAAUCUAUUUUCCAAUUUAACCAUAAUGAAACGAUGAAUAUUUGGACGCAUAUCAUAGGGCUUAUGUUUGUGUUGUAUUUAUGUAUUUGGCAUUUCCCUCUGUCGGAACAAUUUUACCAAAACACCUUCAAUGGGAAUGUUAUUAUGUACAUUUUCUUGGCUGCUGCCUGCAAAUGUUUGAUCAGUUCCAGUAUAUGGCAUACCUAUUCCUGUUUUGCCCAUUUCCCCACCAGACAAACAUUUGCCUGUGUCGAUUACACUGGUAUUACUGUGCUUAUUACCUGUUCAGUUAUUUCUGUUGAAUACUGUGCCUUGUACAAUUUCCCCAAAUUGUUGACCACGUAUAUUAUAUUUUCCACCAUAUGUGGUACCACCGGGUUCAUUUUCAAUUGGUCGCCAUACUUCGAUAAGCCAGAGUGCCGAUCGUUAAGAAUUUGGUUUUUCAUGGGAUUGGCAUUUUUGGGAGCCACUGCAGUAUUAUGGAAAAUGGUAUAUGACGGAGUAUUGCCAUCAUUAUUAUUUGUGUUCCCCUUGGUAUACAAGAGUUUUUCCAUGUACUGGAUCGGGGUCAUUUUCUACGGUGGGUUGAUUCCUGAACGCUGGAGAUACGAUGUCUUAAUUGAUCAAUUUAAUACCGCCGCCGUGGCCCAUACGUAUUCCACGCGUGAUGUCUUGCUUGACAAUGUGGAAAAUUCUGGGUUCGAAGAAAUUGGACAAAUGGGAGAAGAAUUGGAAGAAGUGGUGGAAACCAACGAGAAGCAGUACGAUGAGAAGUUUAAACAAAUCAUUGAUAAGCAUUUCAAAAAGGAGCCUAUCUAUACUCCAUAUCGUAAUGAUUUAAAAUCGCUUUGGUGGGUAGACUAUUUCUUGGCCAGCCAUAAUAUUUGGCAUAUCUUUGUCGUGUUGGGAAUAGUGGGACAUUAUAGUUGUGUUAUGGAGAUGUUCAAGGAUAUUAAUAUCACGAGAUAG